CUUUUGUGGAGACGGAACCCUAAUCUGACGGCCAUACACCGUUUUCCAGAUCGGGCGGCGUGAAUGUGAAUCCAACGAGACAGCCGCAGCUGGGCAGUUCGUUCGUUCCCCAGCAGAGGAAGAUACAACCCAGGCAGAGAAUAGAAGGGGUCCGAGAAGAGAAGAGAAUCCAAGGAAGGAGCCGGCGGCGAUGGCGUGGCGGGCGAGCCUAUCCCGGAACGUGAAGGAGAUCCGCUUCCUCUUCUGCCAGUCUUCCCCUGCCAGCGGCCCCGCCCGGGAGUUCGUGAAGAAGAACUACGGUGACAUCAAGACCCGCAACCCCACCCUCCCCGUCCUCAUCCGCGAGUGCUCCGGCGUCCAGCCUCAGCUCUGGGCGCGCUACGAUAUGGGUGUGGAGAGGUGCGUGCGCUUGGAUGGCUUGACAGAAGCCCAGAUCGACAAGAAGUUGGAGGAGCUAGCCAAGGCAGGAGUUGCUUAAAGCUAAAAACUGUCAGGCUAGCCAAGUUUUCUUGCGUUAAAUCUUCACAAAUAAGAGAAAAGUUAACAUGGGAUGUUACAUUAUCUUGAUUUCAGUACCAUGACUGUACUCGAGUGUUGAAUUUGUACAACUGAUUGCUGAGAAAGUAACUAUUUUUCCUAUCGUUCUUCAA